AGGCCGGGCUGAGGACUCUCCAUGAUAUUGGGCCCGAAAUCCGACGCGCGAUCUCCUGCGACCUCCAGGAUGAGGAGCCGGAGCAGAACAAUCACGAGGAAGAGGAGGACGAUAUCUACAGAAGAAACGGGGGGCUGUUCGGAAAUCACGUCAAUCAUGUCGCCACAGACAGAAGGGACUUCUACCAGCAAACCAACACCACCCGGCGGCCAUUGCACGUGCAGAGGCCUUCCAUCCAUUCCGAUACCGACAAGUCCAAUUACUCACAUACGGGGAAUUCUGUGCAGCACCAGAACUACCAGAACCACAGCCACCCAGGGAAACCCGUGUCCAACUCCACUAAUGCCAACCUCAACAAUGCCAACGUGUCCAACCCCCCCAACGGCAAGAACUCCAGCCUCUCUGCCCCCCACGGGCACCAGUCUGAGAAUGGCUUCUACCCCCACCCCAGGAACGAGCACGAGAAACCCCGGAAACCGAGUAUUAAAAGGUCUGAGUCUGGGGAGAGGAACGGGCCAGUUAUCUUCCGUGAAGAUCCCGACUUUCCAGACUACGGAGACGACCCGUACAUGGACGAAGCGGAAUAUUACAGCGGGGAUGAAUAUUAUGAAGAGGACAGUAUGCUGGCGGCCAACAGGCAAACGUACGAGGAGCCGGCGCUGUACCAAGCCAACGAUCUGGAUUACGAGAGACCCCACGGCUAUCACCACCCGCAUAGUUAUUUCGAAGAGGAAGACUCCCAGAUUUACUACGAAUCACGGCGGUCGCCGAGGCGAAGGUUACUCCCCGCGACACCUCCCUCAAACCGCAGAUCUUCUUUCAAUUUCGAGUGCCUGCGCCGGCAGAGCAGCCAGGAUGAGCUCCCCGUGUCGCCGCCGCCGCCGCCGUUCCACCAGCGCACUGCCCUGCCAUUGCACCUCAUGCAGCAACAGAUCAUGGCGGUCGCUGGCUUGGAUUCCAGCAAAGCCCAGAAACACUCCCCAUGUCGCUCUACGAGAUCGUGGGCAACGCCGCCGGGCACCCCGAGCAACCGGGACCGCACCCCUUUCUACACCCCGCUGAUCCGCGUGGACCGGGCGGAGUCGAAGGAGCAGAUGAAUGGGAGCCUCCCGUCCCUGCAGAGAAGCUCGUGGUACACGGACGACAGCGACGUCUCCUACCGAACGUUUGCGCAGCCCGGACUCACCGUGCCCAGCGACUUCCGCAGCAAACUCGGCGACAAGCAGAGAAGCGCCGACAGCCUGGUAGAAGCGGUACUGAUCUCGGAAGGCUUAGGUCGUUACGCCAAGGACCCCAAGUUCGUAUCGGCCACGAAACACGAGAUCGCCGACGCCUGCGACAUGACCAUCGACGAAAUGGAAAGCGCGGCCAGCAACCUCCUCAACGGCACCAUCCGCAAUGGGACAGCAGGGGGCGACGUGUUGCCCAUCCUAAGCCGGAGGGAAUACGAACUGCAGGACUACGGGCCGGGCUACAGCGACGACGAGCCGGAACCUAAUAAAUACGAAGAAGACUUGGCCGAUGAGAUGAUUUGUAUAACGACGUUAUAGUAUUGGGGAUCAUUUCACUCAGAGAAGUGCCUGACAAUCAGCGGAGGCAAAAUGCCAUCUUGUCCCACUCGGCUCGGUGAGGACACGGGGAAUAAAAGCACCAAUGGAAGUCACGGGAUCCUCAUCCAGGGCUUGUGAUUGGAUGGGAGUGAGGCGGGGUUUGUGCAUCGUGGAAGCUAAAAAACACCCCGGGAUUGGACGAAAGGGGGUCGGUGAAAUUCUGGUGAUGACAAUCAGAGGUCACAACGUUGUUACCACCUCCAUAAAUAUCAUAUCAAAACCCUCACCAAAUCCACUCGACAGAGGUCUUGGGGCGCAGUGCGAUGCAUCCGCUGAGUGUUGGGGGCGGAGUUCAGAGAGGGCAGGAGAAUUACAGGCUCCUCCCCCAUAGAGCUGCUACUGUCCAGUUGCACCAUGAGCGACCCGGUGGGGGGACCCUUGGGCCUGGAACUGAGCGUCGACGCUUUUUGGGGGAUCACAAAAUUCGAAUUCCGGGGCGGUAUGUUACCGCGGCAACGAUAUCAUUUGCAUAGCCUCCAUUCUUUUUUCUAACGAACCACCUUCCGCCGCUCGAGGCGUUUCACCCUUAGGGCAAAUCUUUUUAUAGAAACACUGGAAUAAGCGCACUCGGAACGGGAGAACCCGAUUGGUCGACGAGAUUUCUGUACAUAACGACGAUUUGUAAAGAGAUUUUCUCUAUUUUGCGACCCGCGUGGGGUUUCACGGACCUUCAGCAAUAUUUAUGGCUUCUUAUUUAAUGUCGUGCGCGGGGGGCGGGGAAUUCUAAACGAUUAUUUUUUGGUUUCUCCCGGGGGGGCGGAACGUUCCGGGUUCCCGAUCAGAGACGUCGCUAAAAAGAUUUUCUAAGAGAAUAUUUUCUGUCUAACGGACCUUUUCAGAUAUGCAAACAUUACAGACGAUGAUUAACGAGUUUAUUAACGAGUGCUUUUUUUUUUUCUUAAUUUGCCAGUGAGCUGUGAAACUUUCGAAUAUUUACCAAAAAAAAAAAAA